AUGUCGCGCUUCCUUGGGCGGCUCUCUCGCACGCCUUCGGUCCACUCGAUCAGCAGCCAGGCGUCGGCUGCUGAGCCUCUUCCUCCGAAGACGUCCGACAUUCUCAUCAAACCUGCACCAGGAUGCACCCCCAAACCCACCGAGCCUUUGUCUGCGGAGCAGCAACGCAAGCUGGCGGAUCUCGAAAAGUACGUUCGUCAAAUUGCAAAGGAACAGCCGCCUAAAGAUGACUACAAAACGUGGGAGGACAAGUGGUUGAACGAACCCAACCUCUACCAACGCUACCUUCGUGCUGCCAAGGGAGAUCUCGACAAUGCCAAAAAGAGGAUCAAAUCGACGCUCGAUUGGAGGAGGGAUUUCCGUCCAGAGAUUAUCGCACCUGGCAGCGUGGCCAAGGAAGCAGAGACGGGCAAGCAGAUCGUGUCCGGCUUUGACAACGAUGGCAGACCGCUCAUCUACCUCAGGCCGGCGAGGGAGAACACGACACCUAGCGAUGCUCAAGUGCGCUACCUCGUAUGGACGUUGGAGCGCGCCAUCGAUCUGAUGCCACCAGGUGUCGAGAACUAUGCCAUCAUUAUCGACUACCACAAAGCUACGACCCAGUCCAACCCUUCCCUCUCCACCGCUAGAGCCGUCGCAAACAUCCUCCAGAACCACUACGUAGAACGACUGGGACGUGCCUUUAUUGUCAAUGUGCCCUGGUUCAUCAACGCCUUCUUCAGUGCCAUCGUCCCUUUCCUGGAUCCUGUUACCAAAGACAAGAUCCGUUUCAACGCCAAUCUGGUAGACUUUGUGCCUGCAGACCAGCUCGAUGCCGAGUUCACGGGAGGUAGAUACAACUACGAGUGGGACUUUGAGAAGUACUGGAACACCUUGAUCAAGGUCGGCGACAUCGCAGAGGAUGGCACUCGCAAGACCAACAGUGCUGCCGAUGCGCAAUCAGCGCAGCAACCAAAGCCGGACGAGACGGAGGCUGACGCUGUACAGAAGCACGCUGAUGCUAUUGCAGCCUCGCAGCUCACGGAGCAAGGCAGCGCGAUCGGACUCGGUGCGGCUGCUGGAGCAACUACUGCACUCGCCGUUGUCGCGGGCGGCGCUGCUGCUGCUGCUACGGACGCCUACGCCUCGGAUACGAAGACCUCUUCUUCGGCAUACAAGUACCUGCAAAGCACGUCGGACUACGAGGAGCUGCUCUCCAAGUACGACACGUUCCUCUUCGAUUGCGACGGCGUGCUCUGGUCGGGCGAUGAGACCAUUCCGCACGUGGUCUCGGUGCUGCAAAAGCUGCGUCAACGUGGAAAGUCGGUCAUCUUUGUGACCAACAACGCGUCAAAAUCGCGCCAGACGUACCUCAAGAAGUUUGCUAGUAUGAACAUCCAAGCGUCUCUGGACGAGGUGUUCUCAUCUUCGUACGCUUCUGCUGUGUACCUGAAGAAGGUGCUCAACUUUCCUGCGGACCGCAAGGUGUACGUGAUCGGUAUGCACGGGAUCGAAGAGGAGCUUGACGCUGAGAACAUUCUACACUGUGGAGGCACGGAUGCGCAAGAUAACAAGUUCCUACCAGCUCUCGACUUUGGCUCGUUGCAAACCGAUGAAGCGAUUGAUCCCAAGGUGGGUGCCGUAGUUUGUGGCUUCGACAUGCACAUGUCGUAUCUCAAGCUUGCCAAGGCUUUCAAGCAUCUCACACGACCUGGCUUUGACGGGCCGGUGGAAGCCGAGGGUAUGGGAGGCGGAUGCCAUUUCAUUUUGACCAACGACGAUUCGACGUUCCCUGCUAAAGGUGGACCUUGGCCUGGAGCAGGAAGUCUUUCGGCUCCGUUGAUCUUCUCGACCAAGCGCACGCCUACGAUUGUGGGCAAACCACACAAGCCCAUGCUCGACUGCAUCAUUGCCACAAAACAAUUUGAUCCCAAGCGCGCCAUCAUGGUGGGUGACCGACUCAACACGGAUAUCGAAUUUGCGAAAGCCGGGGGGAUCGCAAGCAUGUUGGUGUUGACUGGAAUCAGUAAGAGGGACGAGAUUGAGGGCCCGCAUGCCAAGACGAUACCGGACUACUUGAUUGAUAGUUUGGGUGAUUUGGAUGCUGUACCGUAG